AUGUCUAUUCCAUUCCAGCUACCAGAAACAUUCGCUCAGAUCCCACGCUAUAAGAUACUAUACCCCAGCCCAUCUCCUAUUCACCCCUUACCAUCAAUUGCACCAAGACUCUCCUCAGUCUCCCCCCACCACCCCCUCAUCACCGUCCACGCCAAACGGGAAGACCACUCCUCCCCACUAGCCUGCGCAGGCAACAAAUAUCGCAAACUAGAAUACAUAGUACCAGAUAUACUAUCCCAAACACCGCGCUAUCAUAGCCAUGAGAACAACCCAGCCCCUGUUCCGCUGCCAGGCGCAGUAACAACCCUCGUUACAGAGGGUGCAAUCCAAAGCAAUCAUACUGUUCAAGUAGCCGCUCUCGCGCGAAAACUAGGGCUUAAGGCUCUAAUCAUUUUGCACCGCGGUACAGGCGGUGGACUUGACGCAGCCAAGGACAAGGAAGCCUUCCAACGCAGCGGAAAUGUGCAAAUCAAUCACCUUCUGGGUGCGGAGAUUCGCGUAUGCGAAGAAGAUGACUCGCUAGCGCUUGAUACGACCCCUCUUCUGGAUGAAUUGAGGGCGGCAGGACAGAAUCCGUAUUGGAUUCCUAGUGGUGCGAGCUUGCAUCCACUUGGUGGGCUAGGGUAUGCACGGGCCGCGUUUGAAAUUGCGGCGCAGGAGGAGGAAUUGGGGCUAGGGGGUUCUGGGAUGUUUGAUUAUAUUUUUGUUGCGUGUGGAAGUGGGAGUACGGUUGGUGGAUUGGUGGCUGGGUUUAAGCUGCUGGAGAAGAUCAUGGGUAAGGGGUCGAGGAAGGUUGUUGGGAUUCUGACUUCGCCGACUAAGCCGCGGGCGUAUCAUGAAGCGCGUGUGCUUGCUUUUGCGCGAAGGGCGGGAGAGUUCAUCGGGCUCGAUGCCGAACGGGAUAUUGGGGUUGAGGAUGUGCGACUUGAUGAUCGGUUCGUUGGGACUGCAUACGGUGUGCUUGACAGCGGGAGUAACCUGGCUCUAAUGACUAUGGCGUGGAGGGAGGGUAUGAUGCUGGAUCCGGUGUAUACGGCCAAGGUUGCGAGAGGCAUGAUGCAUUGGGUGAACAAGGGUGAAGUCGCGGAUUCCGCUAAACCGUUAGAGCAGGUGAAUGUGUUGUUCAUUCAUACAGGUGGACAGGGUGCCCUGGGAGCUUAUGCGGAUCUCAUACAACAUCCCUGGAUAUAG